AUUGUCAGGUGUCAGGUCGCAACAUAGACAGCAGGAGAAAUUUUUCAUGCUUCGAUUUUAUGAUGAAUGCGAAUGCAUAGAUUUUCCUUUUUCGUAGCCGCAUAAUAAAUCCAUCUUUUUUAUAGGUUAAUUAAUAGUAUCUUAGUGUAUAUUGUUUUUGCUUUAAUUGAUAAUUACUUAAAAGAACUACAGUGUUAUGAAAAAUGGCUGAAGUUUCAACGACUGCUGAUAAUUUGAAUACAAAAAAUGGCAAUUUUAUAUGUGGUGUAGUUGAAGGAUUUUAUGGGAGGCCAUGGACAACAGAACAGAGGAAGGACUUAUUUCAAAAAAUGAAGAAAUGGGGAAUGGACUCUUAUAUUUAUGCACCUAAGGAUGACUACAAACAUCGAGCAUAUUGGAGAGAGUUGUAUACCGUUGAGGAAGCUGAACAUCUGUCAGGUUUAAUUCAAGCUGCCAAUGACCAAAACAUCACAUUUUACUAUGCACUGUCACCAGGCUUAGAUAUAACUUACAGUAGUACCAAAGAAAUAACUGCCUUGAAAAGAAAAUUAGAACAAGUAUCUCAAUUUGGUUGUGAAGCAUUUUCAUUGUUAUUUGAUGACAUAGAACCAGAAAUGUGUGAAGCUGACAAGGAAAUAUUCCAGUCCUUUGCUCAAGCUCAAGUAUCAAUCACCAAUGAAGUAUAUCAGCAUUUAGGACACCCCAAAUUUAUUGUAUGUCCAACUCAGUAUUGUUCAUCAAGGGCAAUACCAAAUGUAACAAAUUCAGAGUAUCUCAAUACAUUAGGAUCCAAGUUAUCUCCUGAAAUAAACAUUAUGUGGACAGGUCAAAAAGUAAUAACAAGGACUUUAACAGCUGAGAACAUUCAAGAAAUCACAGAAGCUUUGAGGAGACCUCCAGUAAUUUGGGACAAUAUACACGCUAAUGAUUAUGAUCAAAAAAGAGUAUUCUUAGGGCCGUAUUCUGGGAGAUCCCCAGAUCUCAUUCCAAAAUUGAGAGGUGUGGUCACCAAUCCAAACUGCGAAUAUGGUGCAAAUUUUAUUGCCAUUCAUACGUUGGCGCAGUGGUCAAGGUGUAAUAUUGAUGGUCAAAGAGAUCUCACUCUGAAUGAUACUGUAUCAGCCGACAUAAAGCUUGAAACGGAAACAGAGGAUGGUCAAAUGUGUGAAGAUGUACCUGCUACAUUAUCUCCUAAUAUGUAUCAUCCUAGACAAGCAUUGAGAAAUGCUAUCAAAGAGUGGCUUCCAGAAUUCUCUAAACCUAAGUCAGCUUGGGGUCCUAUUGCAAAGCCACAACCGGCUGUUACUGUUAUUCCUGUGCCAAUAAUACCUUCCAUUAAUACAUGCAUGAGUCUGACUGCUACAACCAAUACUAGUUCCACUGUUACUUCAACAGUCAAUGCAACACAAUUGCAAGCCUUGGCAGAGGUUACUGUAAAUGACAGUAUGGUGAAUCCUGUGCCAGGGCCUAUUAUGAAUUCCUUAGUUUCGGAGUCCAAAGUGGUAUGUAAUGAAUCUAUUCCAAAUCCAAUCACAACAGUAUCGAUUCCUAUACCAGUGGCGGGAAAUCAAGACGAAACAAAACAAAUAACGGUAUUAAGCGGUGCAAUUAUCAAACCCAAAAUCAACAACACAAAUGAGGAAUAUAUCAAUUCUCAAAAUAGCGGUCUAGGCAUAAGAAAUAGCGAGGAUAAAGUAAUUGGAGAAGAAAGAAAUUCAAAAGAAAUAAUGAAUGCUGAAAGGGUAUCUAAUGAAAACGAUUCUAGUCCAAGUGCGUCGGAGCCUAUGGAUUGCAACUGCACUCCAAACAUAUCACCCAGUCAUGUGAUAAAGUCAUCUGGAGCAUCUAAUGAAGAUAUAGCUAUGAGUGAAAUCUCGACAUCAAGUGGUAGUAUGCAAGUAGAAAUGUUUGACACAGGAGCUGAGAGCAAAUUAGAGAAGAAAUAUGGAGAGCUUAGUAUUGAUGACUUGACUUUGUUGUGUGACCUUUUCUAUUUGCCAUUCGAGCAUGGUGGACAAGGUUUAGUCCUUUUACAAGAAUUCAAUUGGUUGAAGUCCAACGCAAAUCUUGUCAUGGAGCAAAAUCAAAGAGCUAACAGGGAAUCUCCUGAGAUCCAAGAGUGGUUUUCCAGGGCGGCCAAAUUUAAUGAAAUAACAGAAGCUGUGAACAAAUUGGUUAAAAAUCUUACAUCCUGCAACAAUCGAGAACUAUUAUAUGAUCUGUAUCCCUAUGUCUGGGAUAUAAGAAGUGUUAUAUCUCUGCUUAAUUCCUAUAUAAAAUGGUUAGCUGGUGGCCAUUUCCCUUCGUCUAUGCCUUCAUUCACCCAAGGAACCUACACAUGGUUUUCUAAAGGUUGGAAAGAAACGUUUAUGAGUGGUGACCAGGAACCCUGGGUAUUCAGGGGUGGUUUAACUGCAGAUUUGCAGCGAUUGAUGCCUGUGGAUUCUGGGAACGAUUUAUUCGUGUACAAAAUACCGGAUAUGCCAACAUGUCGGAUAUUCACAAUAAGACCAUACAUCAACACAGAUGAAAAUGAUGUCAUGAGUAUUUGCACAAGAACUUCUAAAGAUGGAUUGGAAGACCAACAUCCAUACCCAGAUUGUCUGAAAGAUCUUCAUGCUGACAGAAUAGUAGCUCCUUACUUGUUGUUGCACCCAGAGUUCUGCCUGGUGGUAGAAGAUGAUUCUGGCAUUGUGGGAUAUGCAUGCGCUGCACCAGAUCACAAAAAGUUCCGGGUUAAACAAGAAUUAUCUUGGAUUCCAGAGAUGUGUGAAAAAUAUCCUUUAUCUCUUAUCAACAGCAAUAUUAGUAAAUUCGCACAAGAAAGUAUCACGUAUUUCCACGAAUUCAAGGAUGAAAUCUGCAUCAAUAGUACUACACAUCCAUCAAGCAUGAUUUGCAGCCUUCUGCCUUCUGUUCUAGACCAGUCUGUGAGUAAACGUUUGGUAACUGCUCUACUAGCAGCACUAAGAGCGAAUGGAUGUUUUGGAGUACAUGUAACAAUGAAAAGCACCGAUAGUUAUAUUCAUGCUUUUUAUGGUAAACUUGGUUUCGUGGAGAACACACAGGCUGUGGAGGGUAAAAUAAUAAUGAGUCGUAAUUUUUGAACUAGAAAUAAAACAUUUAUUUAAUAUUAUUAUAUGGCUGACAAUUAAAAGAUAUUAUACAUUAUUUAUAAGUGAUUUGUGAUUGAUAAAAUUUAGUAUUGAUUCUAAAAUUCCCUAUAUUAAUGAGUUCGAAUGCUUAGUUCUUUAUGUAUUGAAAAGUACAAGAAAACGAUUGAGUCUGUUCAACUUUUUCAUUGUUCAUAUGUAUAUUUGAUUGAUGAAUAUAAUACUUUUUUUAA